AUGUAUCGUGUCACCAAAGCACGCGCGGCAACGCUGCAUCUGCCUCAUGGCCCUGUACCCCUCCCCAUCUUCAUGCCCGUUGCGACGCAGGCCUCGCUCAAAGGCCUCACGCCCGACCAACUCGAAGACCAGGGCUGCCGACUAUGUCUAAACAACACAUAUCACCUUUUCCAGAUGGUAUCGCUCCUCAAACUCGCCAAAGUCACCGAAGAAGGUGUCCGUUUCCUCAGCCCCCACGAUGGGUCGCCCAUGCUGCUCACACCCGAGCACUCCAUCUCCCUCCAGAACUCAAUCGGCUCCGACAUAAUCAUGCAACUCGACGACGUUAUCGCAACCACCUCGCCCGACCACGCGCGUAUGAAGGAAGCCAUGGAACGCUCGGUACGCUGGCUUGACCGCUGCAUGCAAGCGCAUAAGUACCCAGACCGACAGAACCUUUUCUGUAUCAUACAAGGUGGCCUGGACCUGGACAUGCGGAAAGAAUGUACCGCCGAGAUGGUUGCGCGAGAUACACCAGGCAUCGCGAUAGGAGGUCUCUCUGGCGGUGAGGAGAAGGCAGCCUAUUGCGAAGUCGUGAAGACAUGUACCGACCUGCUUCCUGAGAAGAAGCCGCGAUAUGUCAUGGGCGUCGGAUAUCCGGAAGAUCUGGUCGUCUCCGUCGCACUCGGCGCCGACAUGUUCGACUGUGUCUGGCCAACACGAACCGCCCGAUUCGGCAACGCCAUCACAUCCCGCGGCUCCCUCAACCUACGCAAUGCCAUGUACUCCGAAGACUUUAGCGCAAUCGAAGAAGGUUGCCGAUGCACCUGCUGCCGUCCGACAUCCGAUGGCGGACUGGGUAUCACUCGAGCCUACAUAUACCACGUCACCGCGAAAGAGACUGCUGGUGCCCACCUUCUCACCAUGCACAACGUCUACUACCAAUUAAAUUUGAUGAGGGAAGCGAGGGAGGCCAUCGUGCAGGAUCGCUACCCACAAUUUGUCAAGGACUUCUUUGGUGAUCUGUACAACAGGGAAAAGGAUAAGUAUCCUGUAUGGGCGGUCGACGCGCUGAAAAGCGUUGGUGUAGACCUGCUUGCCGAGUAG